CAAAGUUCAAAGAUAAGAUUCAUAAUUAUUUACUGCAAAGGUUAUUUAUGAAGCUUCAAAGCAGCAGGUCCAAACUCUUUAUUAUUAUUCGUCUUUUCUUUUCGGGAGAACGACAGAAACAUGCUCCAGUGUUUGCUGUGUGUAGUCUGUGUAUUUGCCUCAUGUCGUGUCAACGGCCACACACCGAGCGGAGGAGACGACUACUUCAACCAGUAUGUUUUGGGAACAGAUUUUCUUCAUCGUCGUCUUCAUCCGAUGUUCAACUGCCCAGAUAUGAGUCCGUCUCCAACAGUCCCCACCUCAGUUGAAUUUGUCAAAGCUGCAGACGUCAAAGUCAUCGCUGCCCUGGGAGACUCUUUAACUACAGCUAUUGGUGCCAAUGGCUCCACGAUUUUAUCGGUACCGUUUGAAUUCCGUCAAGUGUCGUGGAGCAUCGGAGGUUACGGGACGUAUCAAAAUGUCAUCACACUGGCCAACAUUUUUAAGCUCUUCAAUCCCGAGCUGCUGGGUCCGUCCCCGGUGAGGACGAUGCACGGUCGCCCCGCAACCGUCAACGAGACCGGCUUCAACUUCGCCGUCACCGGGCACAACACGCUGAACGUCUCGGAUCAGAUAAGACACAUGAUAGACACGUUCAAGUCUUAUCCGGGCCUAAACUUCCGGGACGACUGGAAGGUGGUGACGAUGCUGAUCGGCAUGAACGACAUCUGUGAUUACUGUAAAGACAAGACUUUGUUCUCCCCCGACAACUUCAUCCACUACAUGACAGACGCUCUGGACAUGAUGAUGAAUGAGAUCCCCAGGACCAUCGUGAACGUGGUGCAGAUUCUUCACAUGAAGCCUCUCAGAGAAGUUCAGAGACCGACACUCGGCUGUCAGCUUCAAAAAAGUUUCUGCUCUUGUCUGGUUCUACCUGAAGAAAACUCCCCUGAACUGAACGAGCUGGUUGAGAUUAACCACGAAUUCCAGAGAAAAUUAGAGAAGCUUCUGCACAGCGACCGGUUCUUCAAACAGGACUUUGCCGUUGUUCUGCAACCGUAUUUAGAGAAAUCAGAACCACCCAGACUUCCUAAUGGGACACUUGACUUGAGCUUCUUCACGGCAGAUUGUUUCCAUUUCAGGGUGAAGGGACACGAGGAGCUGGCUAAGGGGCUGUGGAACAACAUGUUCCAGCCCGAAGGAGGCAAAGAGUCGAUAAAGUCGUUCACAGAGCCGGUGAAACUCAUCUGCCCACCGGAGGUACGGCGCAUCCUUACAUCUACACCAAACCCAGAGGUGUGUCGUCUGCACCGGCGCUGAAAUAUUUCUCCACGACGCUGAUGAUGUCUCUGCUUUCGGUGUUUGUCCUGUUAAAUUCACUGUAAAUCAACGCAGCACCGUCUGGGUUGAAGGUUUUAAUACCUAGAAUCAUAAAACAUAAACACUCAGGGAAGUCUAAAGGGAGGAGGAGGAGGUGUAAAUUUUGGAAUUAAGACAUUAAAAAACUAAGAAAUCAGAGAGUACUGUAUUUAUGAUUCUCUAACCCCAUCACUGGACAGAUUCUUUUCUAAAUCUGUAUAUUCUGUGGUAUGAUGUGUUUACAAAAAUCUUCAUGUUGUGACAUUUGAAGAAUAAAACGUGUUUGAAUCGACUCCAGGGUGAGACAGAUGAGUCAAAACAAACAUCUUCUCUGCCAUCGAGCUAAAAACUUGAA